AUGGUGCACAAUAACGAUGAAUCAGAUCUACCACCUGAGAUAGCGGCCAAACGCCGUAUCCUCUUUGCUGAUGAUGAGAUCCAGCCCGUUCCUAGCCGGUCUGAGGGCCCGUUUCCUGGCCCGGCGGCGGCUGGAACCAACACCAGCAUUCAAUGGGGCAACUUGCCAAACCUGAAGCGCAAUGACACCAAGGAGAGCAUCAAGUCGGUGCGGUCAAUCAGCAGCCGCAAUCGGGAUCCGUCCUUGGCUCUACCAACGGUCUACCGUACCGUCUCGUUCAACAUCACUGCCUCGCAAGAGCGGCAACAAGCUGAGGCGAGCAAAGAAGCAGCGAAAGCCAAGGCUCAAGCCGGCGGUGACUUCGCUGAUGUCGAUUGGCAUCUUGUUGACCAUAUAACACUCUACAAGAGACUCGAGACAGCGCCUGAGUCUGGUCUGACUUCCACACAAGCAAGUGGCAAACUGUCUCAGUAUGGCCGCAACGUCCCUUCAAAACCGCGAUCCCAGCUCCCCCAGAAGCUGUUCGGCUACUUCUUCGGUGGCUUCGGCUCCAUCCUCUUCGUUGGCUCCAUUCUGGUCUUCAUCUCGUGGAAGCCGCUCGGAGAUCCGCCUGCAGUCGCCAACUUGGCGCUAGCAAUCGUCUUGCUCGGUGUAUGGCUACUCCAAGCGCUCUUCAACGGCUGGCAAGACUUCUCAAGUUCAAGAGUCAUGAACAGUAUCACAGGCAUGCUUCCCGAAGACUGCGUUGUGACUCGAGAUGGAGCACAGCGAGUGCUACCAGCUGCGGACAUUGUACCUGGAGACAUCCUCUCUUUCAAGGCGGGCAGCAAGUUGCCAGCUGACAUCAGGUUCAUUGAGGCGAGCUCGGACGCUCGCUUUGACAGGUCGAUCCUCACAGGCGAGAGUGUGCCCAUUGUUGCCCAGACAGAGAGCUCCGAGACCAAUUAUCUGGAGACUAGGUGCAUUGGGCUGCAGGGAACGCACUGUACUUCAGGCUCUGGUCUCGGUAUUGUGGUUGAUACUGGCGACAGAACCACCUACCCCGACUAUAUGCCCGUCAACUUGUUGAUUGUCAACAUUGUCAGUAUCGCCAUUGCGUUCGUUCCUGAAGGCCUCCCGAUUGCUGUCACUGCUUCUUUGACGAUUGUUGCGAACCAAAUGAAGCAGCACAAUGUUCUCUGCAAGAGCUUGAAGACAGUCGAGACCUUAGGCUCCGUCUCUGUGCUUCUCUCCGACAAGACGGGCACAUUGACCAAGGGCACUAUGGUGGCAACGAAUUGUCUGAUCGGCUUCCAUGCAAUGACUGUGGACGAGGCCGAGCGUGAGCUACUCGAGAGCCGGGAUACCGAAACGUCACGACCCAAGAGCAAGGCUGUCGGUUUAUUGCAGCUCCAGACCGCCGCCGCAGUCAACAACGCUGGCGAAUUCGAUCCAACAACCAUUCAUCUGCCACUAGCCGAACGGAAGGUCAUCGGUGAUGCCACUGAUGCCGCAAUCCUGCGCUUGUCAGAAAGACUGGGCGGCAACGGAUCCACUGUCACAACACGGGCCUCCUGGCGGACUCGAUUCGAUCUGGCCUUCAACUCGAAGAACAAGUUUGCACUCAAGGUCGUGUCACCACGAGACAGCGAGGCAACAUCCGUCGCCCUUGGACCCUACGUUGCACGCAACUUCGAUUCCGAGACGGACACGGUUGUGCUUAUCAAGGGUGCCCCUGACAUUCUCAUGAGCAGAUGCACCAAGUUCAUCGACUCCCUCGGCGAAGUCCACCCAGCCAGCGCAGACUUCCAGAAGCAUCUCGAGCACAUCAAAGACACAUGGUCUAGCGAAGGCAAGCGCGUUUUGCUCCUAGCCCGCAAGAUUCUUCGCGGCGGCGAACUCAGCGUCAAGCCAAACGAAAGCAAUUUCGAAGAAGAGGUCCUUCGAUUCGCUGCCAACGAUCUCGUCCUCGUCGGCCUAGUCGGCAUCGUCGAUCCUCCUCGCGAUGAAAUCCCAGAAGUCGUCAGCACUCUUCGCCGCGCCGGCAUCCGCAUCCACAUGGUUACUGGCGACUUCAAGUUGACAGCCCAGGCCAUCGCUCGCGACUGUGGCAUCAUUGGCUCAACGAAGGGCGAGAAAGUCGACGGCGUCAGCGAUCUGCCCCGAUCCGCGCCGCCCACCAUUCCCGGUGUCGACACAGAUGGCCUGUCCCGCUACGGCGCGGACAGCCUCGUCAUCUCUGGUCCGGAGAUUGGCGGCCUGUCCGAAUACCAAUGGGACCUCAUCACGCAGUACCCCGCCGUUGUCUUCGCCCGCACCACUCCAGACCAGAAGCUCCUCAUCACUCGCGCCUUCCGCCGAAGGGGCUACGUAGUCGGCAUGACCGGCGACGGCGUCAACGACGCGCCUUCCCUCCGCGAAGCCGACAUUGGCAUCUGCCCCGUCACAGCGUCCGACAUCGCUAUCGCUGCCUCCGACAUGGUCCUGCUCGACUCCUUCGCCAGCAUCAUCAUCGCUGUCGAGCGCGGGCGCACUGUCUUUGACAACCUGAAGAAGACGAUCGCCUACCUUCUCCCUGCCGGCUCCUUCUCCGAGUUCUGGCCCGUCAUGACGUCUGUCAUCUUCGGCUUGCCCCAGAUUCUGUCCAGUUUUCUGAUGAUCGUCAUCUGCUGCUUCACCGACUGCGCCGCCGCAACCGCACUGGCGUACGAGGAGCCUGAAGCGGACGUCAUGCUCCGCAAGCCGCGAGACCUCAAGAAGGACAAGCUCGUCGACUGGCGGCUUCUGCUGCAGAGCUACGGCCUUGUGGGUAUGAUCGAGACCACCACGAGUUUCGCGAUGAGCUAUUGGUAUCUGAGCAUGAAAGGUAUUCCUUUCGGCUCGCUGUGGUUUGCUUAUGGUAACUACACGUUCGAGGGGAGCCACGAUUCGGACUACAUCAACUAUCAUCUGAGUGUGGCGAGUGCGAUCUACUUUGUAAACUUGGUGGUGAUGCAGUGGUUCAAUCUGAUGGCCCUCCGCACGCGCCGCACCUCCCUCUUCACCCAGCCGCCCGUCCGCUUUACCCGCACCACGACACUCCACCCAUCCUCUUCUUCCAAUGCCUCGCACGCCUGGAACACCAGCAUCCAUAUCUCCGGAAACUGGUACCUCUUCCCCGCGAUCCUCAUCGCGCUAGUCAUGAUCUUCAUCUUCUGCUACAUCGGCGGCUUGCAGGACGUGGCGUACAGCGCGCCGGUGCCGGGCAUGUACUGGGGCCUGGGCUUCGCGUGGGGAGCGGGUCUGCUGGGCAUUGAGGAGAGCAGGAAGAUGUUGGUUCGGAGAAGUGUAAAGAAGGGUGAGAGAACUGGGAGGAAGGGUUUUUGGGAGAAGAUUGCUUGGUAG